AUGGGGAAAAAUCAAGCUUACAAAGCGAUGCAGAGAUCUAGGCUUGGCUCCAGCUCUGCUGGCCCAGAAGAGGUCGAAGAUGGCAUGGUGGACGGUUCAUUUCAUUCACCAGAAUGGCAUGCUGCUCGUUUGGCAAGUCUCAAAACAUCCCAUACGGUUACUUGGGAGGAGUACAAAAAGAAGCAAAAGGAAGAAGAAAUGAGAAAGGGGGAGUUGGAAGCAGAUAAAGAUAAAAUGAUGAGAGAAUAUAGGGCUCAGCUAGAUGCUGAAAGGGCACGUAAGCUUGCCCAAGGAAGAAACUACUCGAGUAGCAAAUCCACUCGCAAAAAGGAUAAGAAGGAAAAGGAUUCAAGAAAACACAGCAACAAGAAGCGAAAGCGUUCAAGGAAAUCUUCAGAUUCUAGCUCUUCAAGUUCGAUUUCAGAAACUUCAAGCAGUGAUGAUGAAGAGAGAGAAUCACGGAGAUCGAAAUCUAAGAGGAGGAAAGGAAAAAAGCACCUCUCAAAAUCGAAGCGGGCAAAGAGUGAUAAUGAAGAGCAUGACGGGCCGUUACCCCUUUCUAGAUUCUUUGGGAAAACUUGA